UCAGGGUGUCAACCACUACACCACUUCCGGUUUGGGUUGUUGUGGAUAUGAACCGAGAAGAGUCGAUGAACUCUUCUUACUUCAGCAUUUUAACCUGAUUUCUCGACACUUUUGUUUUAUUAAGUUGACUUAUAAAACAUAGAAGAUGUCGGAGACGGGGAACCGACUCCGGAAGCUGCUCGAAUCUCCUAAUUUCGACCCUCAAAACCACGUCAAGCAUCUGUCCCAGCAGUCCGAUGGCGACAGAGACCUGCAGGAGCACCGUCAGAAGAUCCAGAACCUGGCCGACGAGACUGCUCAAAACCUGAAGAAGAAUGUCUACAAGAACUACAGACAGUUCAUCGAGACAGCCAAGGAGAUCUCGUACCUGGAGAGCGAGAUGUACCAGCUGAGUCACAUCCUGACUGAGCAGAAGAGCAUCAUGGAGAGCAUCACUCAGGCCCUCCUGUCCACAGACAAGGAUGAAACCUCCAAAGAGAUGCAGGCUGCCUUCCCUAAAGAGACAGAGGAGGUGAAGCAGAGGACACUCACCUCUCUGCUGGAGAAAGUGGAGGGAGGUAAAAACAUCAUGGACACCCCAGGGAGGCACCUGGUGUACAAUGGUGACCUCGUAGAGUUUGAUGUUGACAACAUGUCCCAGAUCCAGAAGGUGCACGCGUUCCUCAUGAACGACUGCCUGUUGAUCUCCACUUGGCUGCCGAACCGCAGAGGAGCUGUGAAGUAUAAAUACAACGCUCUGUACGACCUGGAGAGCUUCGCUGUCGUCAAUGUGAAAGACAACCCUCCCAUGAAGGACAUGUUCAAGAUCCUCAUGUUCCCGGACAGCCGCAUCUUCCAAGCGGAGAACAGCAAGAUCAAGAAGGAGUGGCUGGAGAUCCUGGAUGAGACGAAGAAGAACAAAGUCUCCAAGGACAAGCACAUAAAAGAGGAGGAGGUCCCGACUUCGCCUGUGAGAACCGAGGUGUCCACCAACCCUUUCGACGUGGAGGAUGAUGAACCGUCAGUCGUCGAGGAAAACGUGGACCUCAGCUUGGAGUGGAUCCAGGAGCUCCCGGAGGAUCUGGACGUCUGUAUAGCUCAGAGAGACUUUGAGGGUGCUGUGGAUCUCCUGGACAAGCUGAAUGAGUACCUCAAAGACCAGCCGGUCACCCCGAGGGUGAAAGAGCUGAGGGGGAAGGUGGAGGAGCGUGUGAGGCAGCUGACGGAGGUGCUGGUGUUCGAGUUGUCUCCAGAUCGGUCGCUUCGGGGUGGACCCAAGGCCACCAGGAGGGCCGUGUCCCAGCUGAUCAGACUAGGCCAGUCCACCAAAGCCUGCGAGCUGUUCCUCAAGAACCGAGCUGCCGCGGUCCAAACAGCCAUACGUCAGCUUCGCAUAGAGGGCGCCACGCUCCUCUACAUCCACAAACUCUGCAACAUCUUCUUCACCAGCCUGCUGGAGACCGCCAAAGAGUUCGAGAUGGACUUCGCAGGGAACACAGGCUGCUACUCCGCCUUCGUGGUGUGGUCCAGGACGGCCAUGAGGAUGUUUGUGGACGCCUUCAGCAAACAGGUCUUUGACAGUAAGGAGAGCCUGUCCACAGCAGCAGAGUGCGUCAAAGUAGCGAAGGAGCACUGUCAGCAGCUCACAGAGAUCGGUCUGGACCUUACCUUCACUCUGCAGUCGCUGCUUGUCAAAGACAUCAAGGCGGGUCUGCUCAGCUACAAAGACAUCAUCAUGGAGGCCACUAAGCACCGAAACUCAGAGGAGAUGUGGAGGAGGAUGAACCUCAUGACGCCCGAGGCUCUGGCUAAACUCAAGGAUGAAAUGCGUACCUGCGGCAUGGGCAGCUUCGAGCAGUACACCGGUGACGACUGCUGGGUGAACCUGAGCUACACCAUCGUGGCCUUCACCAAGCAGAUGAUGAGCUUCCUGGAGGAGGGCCUGAAGCUCUACUUCCCCGAGCUGCACAUGGUGCUCCUGGAGAGCCUGAGGGAGAUCAUCCUGGUGGCCGUGCAGCACGUGGACUACAGCCUGCGCUGCGAGCAGGACCCCGAGAAGAAGACCUUCAUCAUGCAGAACGCCAGCUUCCUUCACGACACCGUGCUGCUGGUGGUGGAGCGGAGGUUCGAGGAGGGAGUGGGGAAGCCCGCCAAGCAGCUGCAGGACCUGAGGAAGAGCACCAAGCCCAUGAGGAUCAACGUGGACAGCACCACGUCUCUGGUCUGAGAGGGGACAAAGACUGCUUUACAGGAUGGUGGACAAUAACAACAUCGAAUCGUGAUUUAAAAGGCUGUUCUGGAAAUUUCAACACAAUGGAAUAAAUAAUUGCUAGAUAUUUGCUUUAAGAUUGCAGGACAAGAAAUGAAAGUACUAACCAACACAAAAACCCUCACUUCUACAGGCUAAUAAUGAUUUAAAAAAAUCAACUAAUAUUGGUUUUAUUUUCAAAUAUCCUCAUUGCUGUAUCUUCUAUUUGCUCUUGAGCCAUGACCAUGCUCUUGUUUAAUGUCAUGAUGUUAUAAUGAGCAACAAUUUACCCUUAAAUUUGUGUUAUGGUGCAAUUAAUAACUGAUUCUAAGAACACAUUUCAGACACAGAUCAUUUCUGAUCAGACAGGAAAAGUGUAAUCCAGUUUUUUGCACGUGUGACCCUUUUCUUUUUGAGAUUUAUGUCAAAACUGCAAAUGAGACAAGAUGAAAUCGUGUUAAAAUGAAACCAUCAAAAAUGAAUUAUUAUGCCGCCAGUAAGUUCGGAAAAACUGCAAGAGACUCAAAUCUUACCAAGUGUUUUGUUGAAUUUCUUGUCCAGAUAUCACAUUACACUAAAUUUAAGCCAUGAUGACAUGACAAGUCCAGAUGUGAAUCUUACUUCAAGAAUUUAAGAGCCAAAAUGAAGUUAAAUCCUUAGAUAGAUGUCGUAAGGUUAAAUUGUUGCUAACGCAGAAAGCUAACAUUUACAGAUAUGUUUCUUUAAAGCCCCGGUGAGGUUUCAGCUGGUUAUAAAACAGAGUGAUUUAAACAGAGAUGCCUCUUUAUGAUCUACAAAAACAGCAGGCUGAGAUUUUCUUUAUUUAGAGAACAGAAUCAGCAAAGAGAUAUGAGAUAUAACUUUGUCCACAGGGGGCGCCAAAAUCAUCAAAAACGGCUACUUCCUCUAAAGAGCUUUAAGGAAGUGUUUCUUGUUUUUGUAAUAUCUUUAAAGAAGAUUUCAGUCUGGACUUGUCUGCUCAAUAAGAUAUUUUGACACUUGUUAAUAUUUGAGUUAUUGCAGUUUACUGUAACAUGAUGUUUAAUUCAAACUCACACAGCUUUGAUUCUGAAGCCACAGCUCAGUUAUUGACACUAAACUCUUAGCGAGUACAAGAGGACUGAUUAAAAGGGACGACUGAGAAGCUGAUAUGCACUUGUUGAUGUUCACUGUUGUUAUAGUUAAGGGUUGUGUUUUAGAAAGACGCUUUAACUUGAAUAAAGAUCAUUAUGUCAAAGAGAAA